CCCCCCCAAAAACACAGGACAGAAAACCACCUUUGUUUCCACCCCUUGUCAAUUCGUUGCUCGCAGUAGUGUUCGCAUCGGAGCACUUCCAAGCUUGCAGUCAUGGCUUUCCGCAGCGGGUCCUUUGCGACCUUUCUCAUCGUGUGCCCUACCAGCUUUUUCCUCGGCAUCAUCUUCUCCCUCUUCCCCUACGACUACCCGAUCCUGUGGUCCACAACCCCGACGCCCGCCACGCACUUCGACUACUUUGAAUCCCACCUCCGCUUCCUGCACGCCUCCCCGCCCCUCAUCCCGCGCAUCCUCCACAUCGUCAUCUUUCUGGGGUUGGCCGGCCUCGUGACCAAGCUCUACCGCCCCUCGGAGAGCAACAUGCUCUUCGACGGCGCCAGUCUGGUGCUGUACAUGUGCGGCGUGACGGUGUACAUUGCGAAUAUCGUGAAGGGCUUGCGGCUGGUCAGCGCGGGCACCUACGGCGAUGAUCUUCUCGCUGCCACCGCUGCUGCUACUGCGGGAAGUGACGCGCCCGCCGAGGAAGGGCAGAUUCUUGGUCGCGAGGAUUCGCUGAAGGUCCUCGCGGCCAGUAACACGAUCCUGGCGCUGGUGUUGGUCGGCGUGCUGGUCUUACAAGCGGGUCAGUGGUAUGCCGAGCGGAAGGAGGCGCAGGAGUUGGCGAGCUUUAAGGCCGCUCCCUCUUCCUCCAAGAAGGAGAAGGAGAAGGAGGGGAAGCAGGAUGCGGCUGGUGAGAAGGAAGACCAGCAAGAGCAGCAGCAGGGGGCUUCGUCUGCUACGACGACAGGCAGGGUGACGCGGCAGGCGAGCUCGAGGAAGAAGAAUUAGUGGGAUGGGUUGCUUGGGCGUGAGGGUUUGUUGGGGUUGAGGGGGAAAGGGGGAGGAUUGUUUGUGUGGUGGUGGUGGUGGUGGUUGUUGUUGUCGGAGGCGGGCUAGCUAGCUGUUGAUGCUGCACUGCGCUGCGCUGCGCUGCUUAUGUGGACUAGGUAUUGGCUGUUCAAAAAUUCUUUCGAGCGCGUUGAGGUUGCGAUGCCGAAUGGGAUG